AUGGAUUUCUUAAUUUUCAUAGUGUGUUGUAUUGUUAUAGUAUUAUUUAUGAGCAAAAGCGAAGAACAGAAGAAAUCAUGCCGUUCUAAGAAGUCUGGUAGUAAGCAAAUUAUGGCUGAAAAGUACAGAAAAAAUUCUCAACGUAUAAUUCCACACACGGAACGUAAUGCAUCUGGUCGAAAUUGGGAAAUGUUUAAAAGUUUAGUAUUUAAUUCAUCGCUUUUAAAUUCAGAUUCUUCUAGUAAAGAGCAAGUAAAGAAAAAGUCAUAUUCUCAUCAAAAGUCUAGAAAAAAACAUCAUGCUUCUGUAUCCAACGUGGCUCAUAUACUAACAACUAAUGAGGAAGAAGUAGUUUAUGAUGAAAGUAAAAAAAAACUGACAAAACAAGUAGCAAUGGAUUGUGAAAUGGUAGGCAUAGGAGAUGGCACAGAAAGUAUGGUAGCUAGAGUAUCCAUUGUAAAUCGUCAUGGCUUUUGUGUUUAUGACAAAUAUGUAAAACCAAGAGAACCUGUUCAAGAUUACAGAACUAAAGUUAGUGGUAUUAGGCCUCAUAAUCUUCGAAAUGGAGAAGAAUUUGAGAUUGUGCAAAAAGAAGUAGCAGAAAUUUUAACAGACCGUAUUUUAAUUGGUCAUGCAAUAAAAUAUGAUCUUGAUGUACUAUAUCUAUCUCAUCCAAGAAGAUAUUUACGAGAUACUUCUACAUUCAAAAUAUUCAGGCAAUUAUGUCGAGGAAAUACUCCUAGUUUGAAGAAACUUACACAUGAGUUAUUAGGUAGAGAAAUACAAACAGGAGAACAUAAUUCAAUUGAAGAUGCAAAAGCUGCAAUGCAACUAUAUAUGUUGUACAGAAAUAAGUGGGAAUCUGAAUUUUAUUCUAAAUGA